ACGAUCGAUUUCUUCUCUCCCUCUGCUCGUAAUAGUUUUACGCGCCGCACAUACUACGCCGCCAGUUGAGUGCGACCCAAACGUGAAAACGCGCUCUCCGUCCGUUUGUCGCCGCGUUAUUAUGAGCUUCCAAAGCGGCUCAUCGGGAUCGCCCGAGGUGGCGGCAGCCGCACUGCAGCAACCGUUGCCGUCCUUACAACGCAGAGGUCGUCGCCGGUUCCCGGACGGGAUGGACCAGUCGACGGGGCCCGGAGGCAACGGCAGUCCAGCUGUCAAAAAGACCACGGUGCUUGUCAUCGGAGCAGGUCUCAGUGGGCUGUCGGCUGCCAAACUGCUGUCCGAGCGCUGCGUUGACGUCACUGUCCUCGAAGCACGACAGAGGGUCGGAGGCCGCCUGUUCACUGUCAAGAACGACUUGGUUGGCUGGGUCGACCUGGGCGGCUCGUAUGUCGGCCCCACGCAGGACCACAUCUUGCGCCUGGCCAGCGAGCUGCAGGUGGACACGUACAAGAUAUUCGACGACCUCAAGAGCCUGCACUUCAGCGAGGGCAAGGCGUACCCGUAUGAAUCUACGUGGGCCCACUUCGGAAUCAGUGAUCCUCUGGCGUGGUUCGACAUCAACUACGUCAUGCGUAAGAUGGACAUCAUGAUGGAGCAGAUUGCCGCCGUGGAUCCGUGGAACUGUCCACACGCUGCAGAGUGGGACGCCAUGACGCUGCAGAACUUCUUCGAGAAGGAGUCGUGGACUAAGGGCUGCCGCGACUACCUGAGCGCCAUGGCGCAGGUAAAUCUGUCCAGCGAGCCGAGCCAGGUGUCUCUGCUGUGGGUGUUAUGGUACAUCAAGUGCUGUGGAGGGAACCGCAGGAUGUGCUGCAUCUUCAAUGGCGCGGAGGAAAGGAAAUUCGAAAACGGCUCCAUGACAGUGUGCGAAAGGCUCCUGCAGCUGCUAGAAGGUAAAGUAGUUUUCGACGCCCAAGUAUGCGACCUUCAGCAGGACGAGAAUGGGGUCGUCGUAGGCGUCAUCGAUGGCAGGGAGUUCCAGGCUGACCACGUGAUCAUGGCGAUCCCGUUGCCCAUUCAGCUGAAAGUGCACUACGAACCGCCACUGCCGUCACUGCGCAACCAGCUCAUACAACGUACGCCGGUCGGCUCGGCGUACAAAAUGAACAUCUACUAUGCCAAGCCCUUCUGGAGGCAAAUAGGUUACAAUGGAACGUUGUCUUGCUGCGACGACGAACUGGCUUUCACCUACAGCACGGACGACUGCAGGCCUGGAUUCUCGCUGGCGGCUCUUACGGUAUUCGUCAUUGGUGACAAGGCAUUGAGACUACAGGAAUUACCGAAGCACGUCAGGCCCAAAGUCAUUGCCGCGGAUUUGGCGAAAGCCUUCAAACACGAAGCGGCCUACAACCCUGUGCACUUCGAAGAGAAGAACUGGCUCGAGGAGCAGUACUCGGGCGGCUGUUACGUGUCCACGUUCCCGACAGGGGUCAUGAGUAAAUAUGGAAAGACCCUGAGGGAGCCGUUCGGCCGAGUGUACUUCGCGGGCACGGAGACGGCGACCGCGUGGCCUGGCUACAUGAAUGGCGCUGUGCAGGCUGGAGAGAGGGCUGCCAGGGAGGUCCUACAUGCGAUGAAAAUGAUACGGAAAGACGAGAUCUGGGUGGAAGAACCAGAAUUCAAGGAUGUGGAAGCGCGGCCGUUUGAGUUGUCCUUCCUGGAGCGGCACCCUCCUCACGUGCUGCUCGUCGCCGCCACGGGAGCCCUCGCCGCGUCCGGCGUCUCUUGUGUGGCGGCCUACUGCGCUUGGAAGGCAGUCACCGCCCUGCGGAGCCCAUAGGCCGGCUUAGAGGGCAUUCAGCAGAGAAGCAUCUUCGAGACACAUGGCAGACCAUGGGGCCUCAUCACCACCGGACCAGAUGGGGAAUUCACCGCGAAUAACUUUGUUGCCUCCUCGGAGCCAGUCAGAUAUACGACAUUACCUAAGAAGCCGGUGGUGGUGCGCUCCACUUGGGUGCCACCGAGAAUCCCAUUUCGAUAGUGGCCGUUGCUGCACGCUUGGCGAGUGAGCCACUUUUGAAACAGUAUACAGAGUUAUGGCAGAUCGGGAGCUUUGCACUGCUAUACCAUUCGCGGAAAAGGCUCGACAGCCACGCGCACGCGCACCAUCAUGUAUACCACUCUUCUGUGCGUGCACAAUGGCACCAUUUCAGUGACGCACUUGUAGGUAUGCAGCACGGUACUGGAAUGACGUUCUGUUAUAAUAAGUAGUAGUACAGUUGUAACAGUAGAGGAAUAUGGCUCUCCAGACGGCUGCAUCGGCUGGGGCCGGUUCUGCUCUAGUGGGUGAGAGGCAUGGCAUACGAUGCGACGUCCGAAACAUUGUGGGACGAGAUUGAAGGAUGGCUUCUCCGACUGUUGUAAUUUUAAUGAGAUAUGUUUGAAAAUUCUUGGACGGUUGUUGGUACGAUAGGUGGCACCUUAAACCGCGUGCGUAACCGUACCGUGCGGAGUAGGAGAGGAAGGAAAGGUAAGCAGUUCUGCUACCUAUAGACAGAGCGGUGGGGGUUAAGGGAUGAAAAGAAAGAUAGGCUAGGAGCCGCAUUCGCCUGUUCAAAGCUGCUCCCGAAAAUACUUCUCAAGUUUCGUGGUACCGAGUCGGCGCAAUGACUUUAUUUCCAAGACGCACAGCUGUUUAUGCCCGGAGCACUCAGAACCAGUUUUACGCAACUGCAGUGGUGCCAAGUACCAUCUUUUGUCUUGGUACUGCAUUUCCGACCUGCUACAACUUUCAUUAGCAAUAUUAUUUGCACAUGCCAAUCACACAUUGAUCGGUGCACGCUAUGCCCUUUCUGGACUUUGUACCGCAAAGCUAUGGCUGAGCUUCUGCCACUGGUUGAUCAAAUAAAUGUUUUAUUUUGCACAUAA